UUGACGUCAUGAGCGGAGCGACGGCUGGGUGGUGUCAGUUAUUGGGCGGCUCGAGCAUGGAAUUCAAAUUCAACUUCAGCUUCGGGCUGGAGGUGCCGCCCGGGGCUGAAGGGGCCGAACGGCCGCUCCCCGAAGCGGGGCGGGGGCCUGGGGCUUUGAGGGAGCACCGGCUGCCCUGGGGGGAGCUGGAGAAGGUCCUGGAGGAUGGGAUAGUGGAGGAGGUGGAGGUGGAGGUGGGGGGGCCGGAGCCUGUCCGCAUCAAACACCUGAAUGCCUGGAUGGUGGAGAGGGCACUGGACCGGGGGGCUGAGACUGGGGUCUCCAGUGCCAUCGCCUCCCACUCCGACCUGGUGCCCGGCGUCUACGAGGGAGGCCUGAAGAUCUGGCAGUGCGCCUUCGACCUCGCCGGCCACCUGUCCGCCGUCGAGCUGGGGGGCCGGCGGGUCCUGGACCUGGGCUGCGGGGCCGGGCUGCUGGGCAUCGUCGCCCUGAGGAGGCGGGCGGCCGAGGUUCACUUCCAGGACUACAACGGGGCGGUGAUCGAAGGGGUCACCCUCCCCAACGUGGCGCUGAUUGAGGGCGGGGAGGACGAGCCGCCCCCGGGUGGCGGGGAGCGUCCGGGCGACGGAGACGGAGACGGCGGGCCGCCCGGGAAGCGGAGGAGAGCCCGGCCGCUGCCCCUGCUCCCUGAACCUGGGGUGCUCUCCCGCUGCCGCUUCUUCUCGGGAGACUGGUCCCAAUUCUGCAAAGUCCACGGCGGCUCUCUCAAGUACGAUGUUAUCCUGACGUCCGAGACUCUCUAUAACCCAGACUGCUACGGCGACUUGCAUGACGUCCUGUCCAGCUUGCUUUCCCAGGAUGGGACGGUCUACCUGGCCACUAAAACCCAUUACUUUGGGGUGGGUGGUGGUAUCCACCUGUUUGAGAGCUUUGUGAGACAGAAGAAAGUCUUUGAGAUCCAGACGGUAAAAGUGAUCGACGACGGACUCCAGAGAUGUAUUGCAACAAUGUCGUUCAGGAAGGCCAAGCUUUCCUAACAGUUUUUUUUUUUAACGCAACUGAAGUGCUGGUUACAGGACGUUUAAAUCUGGGUAUUCUUAAACGCUCAACUUUUGAAAAAUGAGCAUUGAGGUUUCUUUUUUACUCAAUGAGCUGGAAUUCAUGGGAAAAUGGUUGAAUAAAGGUGUAAAGGAUCAAAGGGUUGAAUCAUUUCAAAAUGACUGAGCCAUACGCACUGAAAGAGUAUUUGUACAGACUCACAUUGUAAUAAGACCUUCACAUUGAUCUGCUUUAGUUAGAAGUCAUCAAAAUUUCAAGAGCAAAGGACUGUGGAAUGAAACUGUUCCAAAAAAAGUACUUUGAAAAGCAUUUAGAAGCUAUCCUUUGAAGAAUUUGUGUUGAAUAGGCCAAGUGUCUUCACAAUUCUAAAAAGAAGUUAACGUGGGCACUGACAAGCCAGGAAAGCAAGCUUGGGCCUAUUUGGAGUUGCAUUGAAGUUUUGAAAUUCUUCAAAUGGAACAAUACUGUUCAAGAGCUGCUAAUGUGUUGGAUUUCAGUGCUGACAAUUGUGCCAAAAAUGCAAAUUGUUUAUCUUAAAGGUCUUACCAGUAUAGGCAUAAACCCUGAGGAAAAAUGUAUACUAUUUGUGCCUUUGGUUGUGUGCAAUAAAACACCAUCUAGUGAU